GGAUUCAUGCUCAGGCAAAGAGCGGGCUUGAAUGGAAUCCCGUCGCUGUGACUCUGUACGCAGGGAUAUUUGACUCCUCGGAAAAAACAAUUUGGAAAACUUGUGAGUAUACAAUGGAGACAAGUAGUGAUACCACAAAAAUCCUUGAAAAGGGUCCGGAAUACCUCCGGAAGCAAAUGGAACUGGAGAGUGAGACAAAGGGACGUAUGAGUGCUGUGGAGAGGCUUGCUGCGAGUAAACCAAAGUAUGUCAAAAGUCAGCAAGUGGUCAACUCUACCCAGGAGCCAGUGAUUAGUCUUGGAUCAGCAUCUGCGAAUAGCACCGGGUCUUCAAGCCAAAGCAUAAACUGCAAUGGAAAUCUUGUCUCUGGGAGUACCUCAUCAGGGCAUAAAGAUGUUCCACAACUCUGUUUACCGGGACAACCACAUCAGCCCAUUGGAAAGAAAAGACCAGACUCUAUUCUGCUUUACAGACAGAAAUGUGACUUGCGCCGAGGAUCAGUACUCAAGAACCGAAGGCACACCACAUCUAGAAAGUUGCCAGUUAAUUCCGGGGAUAAACAUGUUCCUGUUCUUCUGGUUGCUGACAGGAAAUAUGAUCAUGAAGGCAGCAAGGAAAAAAUCAGCACACCUGAGGGAAAAGCAAAGGAAUGUAGCAUCGGUGUAGCUAUUUCUCUGUCGGAGAACAAGUCUAAUGGAGCAACAGAGGACAACACCGAAAAGCCAGCAGCUGGUGGUCUCCUUGCAGUUCCUGAGAUUGAGAGGAAAACUGGCAAGGGAGUGAACCGUUCCCAUUCAGAUAUCAGCUCCAGGUACUCUAAAAACUUUGCAGACUUUGAUGCAUUUUUCAAGUACUGCGGCCUGGACGGUGAGGUGAUUGAGACCUUGGGGAGGGAGAACUUCUCGGCUCGCUCUGAUGAGAUUGUGAGAAACAUUCGGAGCGUCAGCAUCUCCACAUCCGAUGAUGGCUUCUCAAGGGACAGCGGUGACAGCGAUGGGCUUCUUGAGAAAGAGCUGCACAAUAAAACACAGCAAGGCACAUCAGUAAUUGAACGCAACGCACGUAUCAUCAAAUGGCUGUACAGCUGCAAAAACGCUUCGGACGCUGGAAAGAAGUUACGGGACCUUGACUGAAUGUUACAUAAAAGUUACAGAUUUUUUGGUGGAGACUAAAAUGAUUGUGACUGACUUCGAGUUCUUGCAUUCCUGACAGUAAAUAUCACCAAGUGAUGGAUUCAAGAUUGUGGGAACGUGUGUUGCUGCCAUGUUGUCUAAAAUUGUAUCUUGAGCACAAUGUGACUGAAAUAUGUGAAAACAUAUGAGUUGGAGAUGUUAUUGUACAAACUUUUUUCUGUCAUGAGAUUUUCAAACUAUAGCUAUAUUAAGUGGUUGUGAAAUGCCUUUAUCAUAUCACAAGAAAGAAUGGAGCUAUGAAAAGUAUAGGGCUAAAAGUCCAAACUCAGCUGUGGUUUAGAGAAAUUACCGUGUAUCUUGUCAUAUUCUUCUAAUAAACUAUAUUAUAUAUUUAAA